AUGCAGGAAAUCCUGACCGCUGGUUGCUGGAAGCAUGACAUUAAACACAAAGCAGGAAACGGUGAAAGUGUGUUUAAUAGUAGAAUCAAACUACAGUCAGGUUAUGGAAAAGUUAAGAUUAUUUUCAAUUGCUGUGUGGGCUAUUGCCUAGAAGAUCCUCAAGAGUUUGUGACCCAGAGACAAAAUUACCUGCAUUUGGGCACAACGGCUGACCAAGAUAAUAGGUUCAGUGACAAAAAGAAAAAAUUGAUGAAGUCCAUGAAGUUCAACGAUGGACUGGAAAGAAAGGUUGACAUGUCUAAGGUUAACGUGGACACGAUCAAGCCCUGGAUUGCUCAGAGAAUCACAGAAUUGUUAGGCAUUGAGGAUGACGUCCUCGUGGAAUUUGUUUAUAACCAGUUGGAGCCUAGGUUCCCUGACCCAAAGGAGAUGCAGAUCAACCUUACUGGAUUCCUAAACCCGAAGAAUGCUCGGAUAUUCCUGGGGGAGCUCUGGGAACAUCUUUGUAGUGCUCAGGAAAACAUUGGGGGGAUCCCGGCCAAGUUUGUGGAACAGAAAAAAGAGGAGAUCAAGCGAAAAAAGGCGGAGCAGGAAAGAAUUCAGGCAAACUUAAAGAAACAUGAGGAACAGAUUCGGGAGACUCUGCGUGAACAGGAGGAGCAGGAGAAGAGGCUCAGAAGGAGGUCAAGAUCUAGAAGUAAGAGUCCAAAAAGAAAGAGGGAGUCCUCCCCCACAAAAUCUCCAAAGAAAGAGAAGAGUCCAACUCCAGAGAGGAAGUCAGGAUCUCCUCAGAAACCUGACGAUUCCUCCACAGAGGUCAAAACCAAUGGUAACGAUGUGGUAAAUCAGAAUGGGACAGAAGAAAAGAAGGAGAUAAAGCCAGAAAAGGAAGAACAGAAGAAAAAAUCAUCGAGCCGAUCUAGAAGUAGGUCACACAGUCGUCAUAGAAGUCGUUCAGCAGACCGUCGUCGUCGCAGAUCUAGAUCAAGAUCACGGCGUCGCUCUCCUGCCAGACGAAGGUCAAGGAGUCGUUCCUGGAACAGACGACGCAGUUCUCCACGGCGAUAUAGGCGACGUACACCUUCACCCCGCAGGAGGUCAUCACCAAGGCGACGAAGUGUGUCCCCACGCCGCAGAAGUCCAGCAAAGCCGCGACGAUCCACUGAACGAAGUCCAAAAAAACGAGGACAGAAGUCUAGUUCCCGAUCCUCUAGCAGUUCUGGCAGCUCAAGGUCUCCGUCGCCAUCCAAUCCCAAAAAAACAACCAAGAAAGGAGAAGAGAGGAGUGGAUCUGAGAGUUCUCCUGAUAAGGGAGGUGUACAGAAAAGAAGACAAUACAGGAAACAUGACGUCGAGUCCAGCGGGUCUUCUUCAUCUUCAGAUAGCGAGGCAUCUCCAGAAAGAAAAAGAACAGAUAGAGGCAGAAGUCCAAUUUCUCCUCGUGGACGAGAUCGUAGAUAUUCCCCGGCGGGACGCAGAAGAUACUCACCUCCACCGAGCAGGUUUAGUCCGGUCCGAUACAGACGACCUUCACCUCGCUAUAUAUCACCACGGCGACCAAGAAGACGAUCAUCCCCAUAUUAUGACAAUAGAAGAAGUCCAGUCAGGAGAGAUGGUUACUCUCGGGGAUACUCCCCUCCGCAGCGCUGGGGAUCCCCAUCUAGACGUCAGAGGUCUCCUCCCAGAAAUUUGUCCCCAAGACGUAGAUUAGAUUCCCAUGAUUCCCCUCCCUACAGACGACGUAUGGACUCAGAGGGAUCACCUCCCAGACGAAGGGAAUCAUUAGGGUCACCUCCCAGACGAAGGGAGCCUGGCGGGUCAUUAAGAAGGGAUUCAAGGUCACCUGAAGGUUGGCGAAGUGCCAGGGAAGAUUCACAACAGAGAAGGGGGCCUGUGUCAAGUAAAUCUGAUGUCAGACAGCGUAAGGGCCGUGAGAGGUCACCUGAGGUCAAGAAGGGUCGUGAGAGGUCACCAGAGGUUAGGAGAAGGUCGCCUGCCAAGGAGAGAAAGGAGAGUGAAAGUUCCUCUUCAGAGUCUGAGUCUGAAUCUAGUGAAGCCUCGUCUCCAAAACGGAGAGGAGUGAAGGAGCAGUCCUCAGAGAGAAAACAGGUGGACAGGCGGAAACCAGAACCGGCCAGAAAACGUAAACAGUCUCCAGUCAGCAGAAAAGAGCGAGUCAUUGCCAAGAAAGAACCAGAAGAAAGUGAAGAUUCAGACUCAGAAUCAGGAACUCCUUCACCCCCUCCAAGAAAACAACAGAGGGAAGGUACUCAGUUAAAAUCUCAUGUACGACGCGAAGAUCCCGGAAUACGUGGUAGAGAAAGAGAAGGGGAAAGGUCUCUGGGAAGCUCAAGGAGAGGAACUCGGCCAUCACCUGAACCAAGGAAACAACUUCCUCCUAGAGAUGAAUCAGAGGACAGCGAUAGUGAGAGUUCCGACUCCAGUGUACCUGAAAGAAGGCUGUCCCCACCCCCCAAAGAACGGGAUGGGUCAUCACGCAGGAGAUCAUCCCCACCCCCUAAGGAACGCAGGAGGUCAUCCCCACCCCCCAGGGAAAGGGACGGGUCAUCUCGUAGGAGGUCAUCUCCACCAAUGGGACGUGGGCGCUCGCCUGUUGAGCGACCCACACAGAGAGAAACAUCAAGGCGUGAAAGGUCACCAGUCUCUCGUUCAACAAGGAGAUCCCCCUCAGAAGAAAACCGAUGGAAGAGAUCCAGACGUCCAUCUCCUUCCCCUCGACUCAGGGACAGGGAAUCUCUAUCACCCCCAGCCAGGCGGUCCAGAUCACCACAAGUACGACGUAAAAAGUCGCAUUCCCCAGAGGUCCGAGGAUCCAGGUCACCACCAGCUCCAGAGAGGACAUAUUCCCCACGGGGCAAACGAAACCGAGGAUUUAGUGGAUCACAGAAUUACCCUCAAUCCAAGAGAUCCCGUGAUUUCAGUGCUGAGGUCAGGGGUGAGAGUUCAGAUUUCAGAGGUCGUGGUAAAGAAGAGCAGAGUAUGUACGAGCGCCGUGUGAUGGGUGGACGAUGGGAGGAAGAUGAUGUGCCGGGGGACAAAAGGGGAACCCCCUACAUGGACGAGGAGGAGGAGGGGUACAAGAGGGUUGUCAUGGUGAAGCCUCGAGAGGACAGGAAGGAGGAAAACAUGGAAGAGAUCCAAAACAGGGGAAAAACGGAGAAAAAGGAGGCUUCUGAGAGUGAAUCCGAGGAAUCUCAAACAUCGAAGAAGAAAAAGAAGAAGGAAAAGAAGAAGCACAAGAAACACAAAAAACACAAGAAACACAAACACAAGAAGAACAACCCGAAGGGGCCUGAAGGAGAAGAAUCAGACAGCCAGGAAGAUCUGGAGGCCCUGGAGAAACGAUUAAGAGAGAGGGCGCUGCAGUCAAUCCAGUCUAAAGAGGAAGUGGAACGUGAACGACAACUCCGAGAAAAGGCGCUACAGUCUAUGAAACGUCGCAGUGGGCCAGACAGCAGUGACGAGGACUCGGACUGAAGUGAUGUCACAAUGUAAAGUGAAGUCACAAUGUACAGUGAUGUCACAAUGUACAGUGAUGUCACAGUGUAAAGUGAUAUCACAAUGUAAAGUGAAGUCGCAAUGUACAGUGAUGUCACAAUGUACAGUGAUGUCACAAUGUACAGUGAUGUCACAAUGUAAGGGGGGGGGGGGUAUCCCAUGGAGAAAUAAGAAAGUAGAAAUUCCAAUGAGUCCGGGAAAUCUUGUGACAUAAAAUAAAUUGACUGAAUUUCGCACAUCAUGAAAACAGAGGAAUAUUGGUGUGGAAUUUUUUUUUUCAAUUUAUGAAAUAUAUCGUGUUUUGAUUUACCACACAUGAAUUAUUUUAUGGCUGUCAUUUUCUUUUAUUAAGAUUUAAACAAUGUUGCAGACUUGAUCAGUGAUUUAAGAAUUUAUUUAGUCAUUUUUGCUUAUGUCUGUUCAUUCUUAUUAUAAUAUGCAGAAUUUUUUUUCAUCCUGCUGAAAGUAUCAUGUUUGAUCUAUGAAAUGCUGUAGAUAAUUUGUGAUUUUAGUACAUACUGAUAUUCUUGUUAAUUAAUGUGUGAGAGUGGAGUAAUGGUGUAGACUUGUGAUGCUUAUAACAUACAAAAAUAAACAUAUUUAGAAUGUA